CAGGAGCCUGGUGCUGCUAUCUGAUGGUCACGUGCAAAACCCCACCCUCACCCUGCAGCUGGUCCGCAGCAACGCUGCACAUACGCGUCUCUUCACCUGUGGCCUCAGACGGCCAACAGACACAUGCUUCGAGCUCUUGCCCAGGCAGGGGGUGGAGCCUAUGAGUUCUUUGACACAAAGACCCGUCACACGUGGUCAGAGAAGGUGGCGUCCCAGGUGAGACGCUUGGCGUCUCCAGGCUGCAGCUCGGUGGCCGUGAAGUGGCAGCUGUUCAACCCAACAGCACCCCCUCCUGUUCAGGCCCCUGCACAGGUCCACGCCCUCUUCAGCAACUGCCACACCUUGGUCUACGGCUUCGUACCCCACUGCACACAGGCCACUCUCUAUGGGGACCUGUGUGGGCAGGAGAUUAAGACCAUGGUGUCCACCACAGAACUGCAGAAGACUAAGGGCACGUUCCUUCACAAGCUCACAGCACGAGCAGUCAUUAGAGAUUAUGAGGAUGGUAUUCUUCACAUGGAUGAAGCUGAACAUGAGGGGAAGAAAGCGCAGAUGAAGUCCUUCAUCGUGGAGCUCAGCAAAGAGUUCUCCGUCCUCUCCCAGUUCACCAGCUUUGUGGCCAUCGAGGACGAGAAAGGUAGAAAGCUUGAUAAGGGCUUCACAGACAUCACCAAGCUUAUUGCAGAGGAAGACGUGGACCUGCUGCCCCACAUGGGCUGGGAAGAUGAAGAGGAGGCACUGAAGGAGGAAGAGGAGGAGCCUCCGUCUCUUGAUGAAAGACAUAGUCGCUCAUUGCGGUCGCUGGAUUUUGCUGAAUCUGAUGAGAAGGACUUUGACCAGUUGCCUGUCGUUCCGCUUACGGACAUUAGGAAAAGUAGGAUUCUGCAAAGAGGAAGUGAAGAAAUCUCUAAACGCUGUGGAUCACCUGCGAGCAGUCCUUACAGGAAUGAGUUUGAUGACCAGAGUCCUAUGAAGGCCAGUUCUUUCACGCCGCGGCAUGUUGCUGAAUCUGAUGAGGAAGACCCUUAUGAGAAUAUGGAUGAAAUGGGCAGUUUAGACAUGCCGCAGGAUGUUGCUGAAUCUGAUGGCGAAGAGACUUAUGUGAAUGUGGAAAAAACAAUCAGUUCUUUCACAACUCGGCAUGCCGCUGAAUCUGAUGACGAAGAGACGUAUGUGAAUGUGGAAAAAACAAGCAGUUCUUUCACGCCGCGGCAUGUCGCUGAAUCGGAUGAGGAAGAAACUUAUGAAAAUGUGGAGCCCCCUCCAUUCUGGGUCAGUAAGAAGAAAAGAGUAAGAAGAGUUGUUGGCUAUGAAUCUCCUCCGCCGAAUCUCCGAAAACAUCUGUGUGUAUCAUGGGAACAGCUGGCAAGUCUUCAAAGCCCAGAGGGAUACUGGGAAUGCACUGCUGAAGUGGGAUUGCUCCUGGGUGUGGAUCUGAACUUCUUUGCCAACGUUUUCCUGAAAGAAAAGGGCAUCUCAUCUCUGGGCCCCAAGGCCCAGGCUGCCAUCCUGAGGCUGGUGUCCACCCUGCUGGUCCUGCAGCUGGUGCGCGUUAGGAAGCUGGUCGAGGGAGAGCUGCUGCAGUCUCUGUUCCGCCUCAGAGACCCUCCUGAAGACGAAGACAGCCCCUACAGGUAUGUGGAACUGAUCCGCGCGGUGGACUGGGUGCGCUGGGCAGACAGGCAGUACCCGUGCGUGUGCAGCCGGCUGGAGUUCGGCCGCGACUGGGAGUCGUCCACUCGACAGCUGCUGGGAUUCGACCGCCCGCACCCCCUCUCCCCCCUCAACCCUCUGCUGGAAAGGAGCAGAGCCAUACUGGCCUGCUAGAAACACACACACACAUACAGACCCACAUUCACACUCUCUCUCACGCACACACACACACACACCUAUUCACAUUCAUAUGAACCUAUGCUGCAAUUUUGACUUUAGCCAUGUUAACAGAAAGUGAGUUAUUUACUGUAGGUUUAUUUCACAAUCCGCUCCUUCCACAGCUACGGAAGGUUUUCGCCCCUGUUUUAGUUACACACACACAAGCGCAUUCAGUAACACACACAUUGACACGCGCAAGUUUGCCACACACACACACCCUCCCCCUCCCUCAUUUGUCUCCUCUCUCUCUCUCUGUCUCUCUCUCUCUCUCUCUCUCUCUCUCUCUUAGCCUUACACACACACAUCCCGCGCCUCCCUUACCGGCCUUUUAGAAACUCACCCCUUCCACAGUGCCCGCUCUCCUUCAUACUAUGCAGCCACCAGUUUGUUAUGAAUGCUUUCAUGUUACUGCUUUGCUGUUCUUAUUUUAGCACAACUAGUAGGCUACAGCUGGCCUACUAGAUCCCCCCCCCCCCUGCCCCCCAGCAUGAACUUGCAGUCUUGCAGGAGUCUCUGUAACCUAUUGAUAUUGAUAUUGAGGACAAUGUGCCAGUUACAGUGAUGUAACAUAUCCUUCAAUGAUUUAUAAUAAUGGCUCUAUACAUGUGUGUAUUUAGUUUUAUAUACAGCAUAAUUUAUCUUAAAUGUACUUGUUACUUUACAAACAAACUUUUGUAUUGUAAACAUUACUUUUACUUGUAAACGUUACUUUUAAUGCUAAUACAAUGUUUUAUGUUAUUCCAAUGAGUCGCUUUGGAAGAAAGUGGCUGCCAAGUAACCAUAACCAGAUUUUACUUGCAGACAACUUUAUCCAAAGCACAAUAGGCCUAUAGUACA